UGCUGUCAUGAAAAAUUGUAGUCUCCUCUUCUAGCAUUAGCUAGCUCUUGUUUAAUGAGCAAGAAUGAGUUCCAAGCCAACCCCAUCUGGAUCUGGUAGGCAGCAGCAGAACAUAAAAGUUGCUGAUGAUGAUGAAGCCUUUAACAAGCAAAUUAACGAUACUCAUACAGGUGAUGGUUAUCAGUUUUAUGCCAAACUCAAUCCUGAUAUUCUUCAAGUGGUCAAAGACAUCUGUAAUCCUCCUGAAUCAAAUGUGCCGGUCAUUGAUGCAACAGAUUCAGAUGCUUUGCCUUAUAAAACUUACCAAGCAUUAUAUGAAUAUUUCGUUGAUUUGGUCGAUCCUAUUGGUAGCAAGAUGCACGAGGAAUGCACAAAAGAUGCAGAUAAUCAUGCAAUAACAAUAUCAAUAUUGAAAAUAUUAUCUCGCUACUCAUGGGAUGUAAAGGUGGUGAUUGCUCUAUCAGCUUUUGCAAUGAAACAUAGAGAGUUUUGGCUUGUUGCCAAUACUUUCAAAUCAAAUGACCUUGCAAAAUCUGUUGCGUCGCUGAAACAAUUGACUGACGUUUUUGAGAAUUCAGAUCAACACGCAUUAACAGAGAUGAAAAAGCUCAUCAACGUAAUGCUAAAAAUUGCCAAAUCCAUUGUUGAGUUGAAGAAGGUUCCAGCUAAAUACAAUUCAGAAAAUAUCAGUACAGCACAGGCAAAAAUACCAGCCGGCGUCUACUGGACAAUCAGGAGUAUCGUCGCGUGCUGGUCACUAAUUAAUGGUUUUACGGGGCAUCGGCACUUAUUAGCAACAGAUGCCAAUUGGAAGCUGUCAACGUUGAAUGUCGAGCUAUCAGCUCGAUUGAAGAUCUUGAGCAAAAACCUCCGUGAGUUUUUAAAGUUCAAAUUAACAAUUGAUGAAAUAAAACAUGUGGAAGCUUACGAGAAACUUGUAAGUUUGUUUGAGACGAAGGAAAAUGACGUUGUCAAAAUUCUCGAAGCAUUACUACCUGGUCCUCGUAAAAAAGAUCGGAAGCGGCUUGUCAAAGGAACCGAUGAGGUUGACAUUGAUGUCUUGAAGGAAAAAAAUGUGUUACUGCUUAUAUCAGACCUGGAUAUCUUGACAGAAGAUAUUUUUAUUCUUGGACAUAUAAUGCAAGAGAAGUCGCGGCUCAACCCAAUCCCAAAUAUUCAGUUUGAGAUUGUUUGGUUACCGAUUGUAGACCAAGAUGGAACAUCGAAUUAUAAGAGGCGAUUUGAGGAAAAACAGGUUCAAAUGAAUUGGUACUCAUGCCUCCCUAUCCCGGUUGAUGGUGCUGUGGUUAAGUAUGUUAAAGAAAAAUGGCAGUUUGGACAGAAGACUAUUAUUGUGGUUCUUGAUUCACUUGGACAAGUUGUCUGUCAAAAUGCACUCCAUAUGAUGUGGAUUUGGGGCACUCGGGCCUUUCCUUUCACUGAGGAACGUGAAGAAGCUCUGUGGGAUCAGAAUACAAGUUGGAAACUUGAUCUCUUGUUCGAUGGCAUUGAUAAAACAGUCAUGGAUUGGGGGGAAGAAGAAAAAUACAUAUGCAUCUAUGGAGGAGAUGAGUUGGACUGGAUUCAAAAAUUUACAAAGAAAGCAAGAGAUGUUGCAGAUGAUGCAAAUAUACCAUUAGAAAUGGUUUAUGUAGGUAGAAGGAACUCAAAGGAACGAGUUAAAAAGAUCAUCGAGACUAUCGAGAGCGAAAAGCUAAGCCGCUCCUUGCAAGACCAACGUUUGAUAUGGUAUUUCUGGGUUAGAAUUGCAAGCAUGUGGUAUUCCAAGAAUCAACUUAAAAAAACAACUGAAAAUGAUCCUACAAUGAAAGAAAUCAUGAAAAUGCUCAUCUUUGAUAGUGAAUCUGGUUGGGCUAUUUUCACCCAACGAUUAAAGAAGGAUCAAGGAAUGAAGGACAAUGAGAUGAAGGACAAUGAGAUGAAGGAAAAUGUGAUGAAGGGUAAAGAGAUGAAGGAUUCUGAGAUAAGGGUUGAAGCUAAAGGAAAUAUAAUCUUAACAUGUCUGGAGAAUUAUAGUAGAUGGAAAGAUCUAAUACAAAAAAAGGGUGGUUUCGUGCAAGCACUUAGAGGUGAGAUUCAAAAAGAGGUAAAAGCAGCGAAAAGUCACUGUAAUCGGCUUGCGCUCCCUAAUGAUGAAGGAAAAUUGCCUCAAAAGAUAGUUUGUGCAGAUUGUCCCAAAAAUAUGGAAAAAAUGAUAAUGUACAGGUGUUGUGAUUAAGAGAUAAUAAUAAUGAUUGUGCGAUUAAUCAAUUAAGAAAUAUUUUAUUACCGUAGAAGGGGUUUGUACUGCCUUAGUUAAUUAUAAUUUGUUGUUGUACUAAGCGAGUUGAUUAUCAAUGAUCUUUUCUGUUUGAAAUUUCUAGCA